GUCAGGUGCUGCCACACACAGGACAGGGCAAGUUCUCUGCCCGGCCUUACCCUGAUCCAAGAACCAUUCAAGGUUAUGCGUGUACCCUCACUCCUUCACUUUCCCGUAUCCUCCCCACCAUACCCACCACUCCAGUUCUCCACCUCCAACCCUCCUCAGAUCUCUCCACCAAUCUCUCCACAAAAACCACUCCAUCAACCCUACGUAUUUGCUAACUCCUCCACCUCCCCUCUAUCCACCCCUCCUAUCCUAUUAUCCCUCCUCCUUUUCCACUCUUCUCAUAGACACAAAGAAAAAAAUGAACCAACUCGCUGCCUCACGCACCUACGGCCUCGGCAUGGCCACUCAGCUGCUUGUGGGAAUGCUGAUGGUCCUCUCCCUGACUUCGACGUCAAGCUGCUACAACGUCACGGGGAUUCCUGUUGACUUCGACUGCGGUGACAUCGGCGAUACCAUGAGUCACAUCUGCAAGACGUUUCCCACAGCCCGGCCUCACUCGCGAGUGUCCAGGUCAGCUGAUACCGACGACCUCUGGCAGGACACGAGAGCAGGUCAGACCACGCCCAUUGACCUGCUUCCUCGCCAGUACCGCCUGCAUCCCCGGGCCUUGAAUCCGAUGCGAUAUUUCGAAAUGGACCUGAUAAGAGACCACCUGGUGAGCCCCGAAGCCGCGCACGCCCUCGUCAAGACAUCCGGGAGGCGCGCGAAGAGAUCCUACAACGUGCAGGAUGAGUGCUGCAACCACGUGAGCCAGCGGACGUGUGUGGCGGAGGAGAUUCUGGAGUAUUGCGAGGACCCGUACUUCUAAACCUUGAACCUGACCUGACCUAUGGCCUUCCUAACCUCUCUAAGUGGAGUCGUCAGUGGUCCAUGGCCCACCCAUCCUCCUUACAACAGUCUUCGGUGACCUGAUCAUAUGGCCUCUCCAUCCUCUCAAUGACCUGACCUCAACCCAUGGGUCCCCCCUUCUUUAGGCCAAGUCUUUGCGGACCUGACCCAAACCCGAGGCUUCUCUAACCCUCUUCUGAUGAGUUUGUAAUAAAAAUAACCGGCCUGGUGACCUAAGUUCUCAUGAAUUUGACUUAAUCUGCAAUUAAUGACCCGUUAGAGUCCUUUCAAUGAUGUCUGCCAAAAGUAGCGUUACAUUCCAUUUUUCUUUUCGAUU